AUGGCGGAAGCCCUGACAACUCAGGAGGAGCUGGCAGUGGAGGAGUUCCUGAGUGAGGUGCGGAGCAGGGAGCAGCCCCACAGUGCUGGUCUUGUCUCCGAGCCUACAGCUGUCAAGUUCCUUAUGGCCCGCAAGUUUGACGUCUCCAGAGCCAUCGACCUCUUCCAAGCAUACAAGAACACAAGAAUCAAAGAGGGCAUCUUCAACAUCAAUCCUGACGAGGAGCCCUUACGCUCUGAGCUGUUGAGUGGAAAGUUCACUGUCCUGCCUGGCCGUGAUGCCAAGGGUGCCGCCCUAGCACUCUUCACUGCUCGUCUUCAUCGGCCAGACAUCACUACUCACAAAGCUGUGCUGCAGGCCAUCAUCUAUCAGCUGGACAAAGCCAUAGAAAGUGUGCAAACUCAGAGAGACGGCCUCAUAUUUAUUUAUGACAUGACCAACUCCAGCUACGGAAACUUUGACUAUGAGCUCUGUGUCAAAAUCCUGAACUUGCUCAAGGGUGCAUUUCCAGCUCGUCUAAAGUGUGUCUUCAUUGUGUCGUCGCCUCUUUGGUUUCGGGCCCCCUUUGCUGUUCUCCGCCUCUUUGUGCGUGAGAAGCUGAGAGAAAGGGUGUGCACAGUGAAAGCCCAUGAGUUGGCCAAUCACAUCCCAGUCUCCUCCCUCCCAGAGCACCUGGGCGGGACAUCCCAGUAUAGCCAUGUGGCCUGGAUCCAGUCCUGCGUCAACACACACACAAACUCUGCCCCUGGUGAUACACAAGUGCAUGACACACACGACUGCGUGGGAAGUCUGCUGCGCUCCUACAGCUUGGAGAGCAGCAACACUAGCGCGGGCGCUACACUGUCCCACACCCAUAUAAAUACACAGCUAGGUUCUGAGCUACCCGUGGCUAAUUCUAACUGCUACGAUGAUAGCAAUGCUAACCCCCACAACCACUGCGGGGUGGAGGGCAGGACUCGAGGCCAAGGCCAGUACCAGCAGGGCUCACAUUCUGCUCCCAGCAGGCCACAGGGGAACCACCAACACUGGAAUGGCUCAGCGGUGAGUGGGGCAAAUGUGGCUGUUAGUGGCACUAGCCCCAAUGCUAACAUGAAUGGCCGUGGUCGGCAGCCCCCUCCUCAGUCGGACACCCCUCCUGACACCCCGCUGCACGAAAAAGGUGAUAGAGAUAUGCCGGUUGGCAAGACAACAGACUCUGCCAAUAGAUCUCUGAAUGAGGAAGUACUGGAGGAUGAAGAAAUUGAGGAAGAGGAAGGGUUACCCCCAUUGCCCCAGAAGUCUUUGCCACGCCCCCCUCACCAGCCAUCCUCCCAGUGCCCACCCCCGUCCUCCUCAUGGGGUCCUGAGGAUGAGGAUCCCUGCAUGGAGGUGUCUGUUCACAUGCCAGAGCAGGGAGGAAUGACAGUGCAUGAGCUGGUGGAGCACGUGAAGAGGAAGAAGAAGAAAGGGAUUUACCAGGAAUACGAGGAGAUCCGCAAGGAGCCACCAUCAGGCACCUUUGACUACUCCAAGAAGCUGUCAAAUCAGAUAAAGAAUAGGUACAGUGAUGUCCUCUGUCUGGACCAAUCGCGAGUGCGACUCUGCCAGCUCUGUGAUGACGACGAUGAGACAUCAGAUUACAUAAAUGCCAGUUUCAUGGACGGGUACAAGAGGAGUAAUGCCUACAUCGCUACUCAGGGUCCUUUGCCAAAGACUUUUGUUGACUUCUGGCGCAUGGUGUGGGAACAGAUGGUACUGAUCAUUGUCAUGACCACCAGGGUGGUGGAGCGUGGCCGUGUGAAGUGUGGUCAGUACUGGCCUCUUGAGGAGGGCAGGACUGAGCAGCACGGAUACUUUUUGGUCAGGAACACACACAUCCAGGUGUUCCAGGACUUCAAACUCUCCCAUCUUGAGCUCUACAACACACAGACUGGUGAGAGGCGGGAGGUGUGUCACUACCUCUACGUCAGCUGGCCAGACUUUGGUGUGCCCAAGAGUGCGUCGGCCAUGUUGGAUUUCCGUGAGCAUGUACUUCAGAGGCAGGAGGCAGCAGUCCAGAGCCUGGACCCCAGUUGGACGGGGCCUCCAGGGGGCCCCCCUGUGGUCGUUCAUUGCAGUGCCGGCAUCGGCCGCACAGGCACGUUCUGUACACUGGACAUCUGCCUGUCCCGGCUCGAAGACAUCGGCACAGUCGAUGUUCGUCAGACAGUACGGCGGAUGCGUACACAGAGGGCUUUCAGCAUCCAGACCUGGGACCAGUACUACUUCUGCUACAUGGCAGUCAUUGAGUAUGCCCAGCGCCAUGGGAAACUGAGCCCAGUGCAGUGGUCUGACUCAGACCUAGAGACUGACAGCGAGUGAGAGAGACACAGAGGGAAGGAGAUAUGGAUGGGAUAGCCAACCCAAGUGGCAGUCGUUGGAAUCGAAGCAUGAGGAACAGCGUGCAAAGUGGAAGAGAGAGAGAUGUCUCCUCCAGAGGGAAGAGAUGAAGGAUGGAGAUCUUGUUUUGAUGUAGUGAUGCAGACUUCCAUAGUUGCCCCUCCUUCACUUGAAUGAAUGGAUAGACGGAGGGAGAGCUGGUGGGCUGGAGAGAAAAAAUGUAGAGGAUGGCGACUGUGUACUGCAUCACUCAUUGAUUGAGCAAGCUAUCCUGCCAAUUUCCAAGCCCCCUUUUAUUUAGCAAACUCUACAGGGGACUUGGCUUGUCCUGAACCUGUCUUGUUGACAAGCGCGUCGUACGAGUUGUAGCAUUUUUAUAUUGACUUGCACAUGAGGAAUGAUAAACUUGAACUUUACCCCUUGAAACCCUCCAAAUCCCAAUUUUUGUUCCUCUCUUGUGUUUCUUGUUCCUUUUCUUUACCCUGAACAAAACAGUCUGUGAUUGGUCAAGUACAUACACAGAUAACAUGUGAGGGGUGUGAAAAGGUGAAACUUGAAUUUUUUUUUUUUUUUUCCUGUGAGGAAAUGGUCGUGUGAGAGCGAAUGGCCAUGAGUAACAUGAGAUCAGUGUGUGAGCCAUUUAGUCCAUUUCUGGUGUUCCUUUUAUUUUCCAUGUACUUGUGCUUUUUUUCUAUGGUGCGUUUUUCUAUGUGUGUUUCAUAUUUGUGCAUAUGUAGACUAACCUUUCAAAGCCAAAGUCCUCACCCUGAAUGCUUGGAUGUACUCCUUACUGAGAUAUUAUUGACUGAAGCCCAUGUAUAUUACUUGUAACAUACAUUUAUACAUUAUUGUGCAUAAUAACAACCUCUGAAAUAAGAGCAAAAAAAGCAUUGUUUAAUAUAAUUGACUUAACCUUGAGAAGAAAUAUCUAUGUAGCGGGCCAGACUAUGACAAAAUAGAGAAGAGUUAUGAUAUUAAAAACUCUCAUAUUAUUUAGGAAACCUGUGUGAUUGGUCAGGUCUAACAUCAUUUUAACUGUUGGAGCGUUCUGAUUGGACUAUUUUGCGUAAAUUGGCCUUAACUUGAUUCACUGCCUCGUCGUUCUCAGACCUAAACCUUACCUGAAACUGUGUAAACUGUUUUCCUUUCACUUUUUCUUUGACUUUUUUAAUUUUUAUCCCUUGACACCACAACUGUUGCGUUGUUUGAUUCUUGAGGCAUAUGCUGCCUCGGAUAUUUGUGCCUUCAAGUUUUCCUUAGCGUGAUGUCUUGCAGUCCAGAUAAUAUAGCAAUUACACCCAAACUAGUGCACUCACAUAAUACACAUUGACUGCGUCUCACAUAGGACACCCAUAUUUUGCCUGUAGACCUCUAAGAAGUACGCUACUUCUGAAUGACUUGGAAGUAGUGUACAAUCUGGAGACUAAGGUAUGGUUUGAGACAUGGCUAUCCUAUUAUCAUUUGACCUCAGGGGGUAAUUCUACUAGUGUUUUUGCCUAGUGUCAAAGAUCCGUUUUCUGGGUUUGCCUCUGGUGAUUUAUCAUUUAAAAAAAACUAUAUCAAGUUUAUUUUGUAUUUUUUACUGUAUUGUAUAUCCUACUAUAUUUAUGUCUUUGUAAAACUUCAACAAUAUUGAAAUCAGUGAAUGUUGGUACGAUGCUUAAAAGAAAACAAACCAGUUAUUUCAUUUGAUAAGCUGAACAAAUCAGAUGGAGGGUGAAAUAUAUUUUUUGUUGUUCAUGAUAUUUGGUGGAAAAAUGUCACUUGCCAUUGUAUUUUCAGAACUGACUUGUAUAAACAGUGAUUGUUCAAUUCCAGGACAAUGGAAAAAGGUAAUGUUUAUGUUUUUAGAGAGCCUAUUGCAAAACUCUUCAGUAACAAUAAUUUGUUUUGCUGUCUUGAACCCAAUGCCAAGGACAAAGCAAAAACAGCUAUCAAAUGGGGGGAAAAAAAACAAAAAGAAACAGACCCACGGCUGCCAUCUCUGUUCACAAAAACCCAGCUUGGUGUCUGACAGUGAA